AUGGAAACCCGCCUGCUGCAGAAACCCCCACCCCACUUCAGCCAGGCCCAACUGCUGCAGAAACCCUCCCCCACUUCAGCCCUGCCUGCAGAAACCCUCACCCCACUAGCUUCAGCCAGCCCGCCUGCUGCAGAAACCCUCACCCCACUUCAGCGAGGCCUGCAUGCAGAAACCCUCACCCCACAUCAGCCAGCCCCACCUGCAGAAACCCUCACCCCACUUCAGCUCCGCCUGCUGAAUAAACACAAUAUAAGGGCUACCAUCAAGAAUACAAACAACCAAAAUAAGAGCAAGGAUGCCAGGAGAACAUUCCAUUAUCUGGAGAACUUGCAGGUGAACAUUCAUAAAGAGACAGGGUUGGAUGCUCGGGACCUGAGGAGUCAUGGAGAAGUGAUGGAUCCUUCUCUGCCCUCAGUUUCCCCAUUUGCUGUACUUUGGAGGUAUAAAUUUUCUCAGCUUAAAGGCUCUUUGGAUGAUAGCAAGAGAAAAAUCAAAUUUUUGUUUCAGAAUGCAGAUACUAAACAGAUUGAAGCUAAGGUAAACACAAGUAAUCCAUCAUCUAAUUUACCCCCUAAUUAUAUUGACACUCUUAAGAAGCAGAGGAAGAAAAUCUGGGAACCCAAAAAGCUUAACUUCAAGAACUACCAGUUUGUUUUGGCUUUAACUUUUGCUGUUGAAGAAAUCAAUAAAAACCCUGCACUUUUGCAUAACGUGACUCUAGGGUUUGAUAUCUCUAAUGUUCAAAUAGAAGCUUGGAAAGCAUUUAAAAAUCCCUUUGUUAGCUUCUUUGGGAAAUACAACAUUCCAAACUACUCCUGUAAGAGAGAGACCAAGGCUAUAGCAGUACUAACAGGACCAUCAGGAUUAACAUCUGCCAAAAUUGGGACAUUUCUGGACCUCUACAGAUUUCCACAGGUGAGAGUGGAUUCUGAGUCUGACUGUAUAACAUGGGCGAACUGUCCACGUGAUGCCUCCUUGGAUUGGUUGCCUGGGCACAUUUUUGACAUGACUAUGUCUGGAGACAGUUACAAUAUAUACAAUGCUGUAUAUGCUGUGGCCCAGGCUCUCCAUGAAAUGCUUCUUCAUCAAGCAGAAGUACAAACCAUGGGAAACAGAAAAGAGGCAGUGCCUUCUCCUGCACAAUUGCACCCUUUUCUGAAGAAUAUCCAUUUUCAUAAUCCUGCUGGAGAUCAAGUCAUUUUGGAUGAGAAAAGGAAACUGGAGGCAGAGUAUGACAUUAUGAACAUUUGGAAUUUUCCAGAAGGUCUUGAACUUAAGUUGAAAGUAGGAAAGUUUUCUCCUUGUGCUCUACAAGGUCAGCAAUUGUCUUUAUCUGAAGACAUGAUAAAGUGGGCCAUAGGAACCACAGAGCCUCCUCAGUCUGUCUGCAGUGAGAGUUGUGGUCCUGGAUUCAGGAAAUCCACUCAGGAGGGAAAGGCUGCCUGUUGCUUUGAUUGUACCCCUUGCUCAGAGGAUGGCAUUGCUAAUGAGACAGCAGUUGUUCUUGGGGUCUUUGUGAAACAUCACCACACCCCCAUUGUCAAGGCAAAUAACCAGGCUCUCAGCUACAUCCUGCUACUCUCCCUCAUCUUCUGUUUCCUUUGUUCCUUGCUCUUUAUUGGACAUCCCAACACAGUCACCUGCAUUCUACAGCAAAUGACAUUUGGAGUUGCAUUCACCGUAGCUGUUUCUACUGUCUUGGCCAAAACUGUAACUGUGGUUCUGGCCUUCAAGGUUACUUCUCCAGGGAGAAGGAUGAGGUGGCUGCUGGUGUCAGGGGCUCCUAACUUCAUCAUUCCCAUCUGCACCCUGAUCCAGAUGACUCUCUGUGGAAUCUGGCUGGGAACCUCUCCUCCAUUCAUUGACACAGAUGCACACUCUGAACAUGGCCACCUCAUCCUCCUGUGUAACAAGGGCUCCCUCACUGCCUUCUACUGUGUCUUGGGAUACCUGGGCUCCCUGGCCCUGGCCAGCUUCACUGUGGCUUUCCUGUCCAGGAACCUGCCUGACACCUUCAAUGAAGCCAAGUUCCUGACCUUCAGCAUGCUGGUGUUCUGCAGUGUGUGGUUCACCUUCCUGCCUGUCUACCACAGUGCCAAGAGCAAGGUCAUGGUGGCUGUGGAGGUCUUCUCCAUCUUGGCCUCCAGUGCAGGGCUCCUGGGCUGCAUCUUUGUCCCCAAGUGCUACAUCAUCUUGAUAAGACCAGAUAGAAAUGUUCUGCAUGGCUUCCGGGACAAAACGCAUACUCACAGAAACACUGGCUUCUUAGAGGAGAGACAUUAA